AUGAAUGGAAAAAUAAAAAUAAAAAAAUAGAAAGUGAAAAAAUUCAUUACAAAAUCAAUGUUAAACAAAGUAAAAGCAAUCUGAAACGUAGAAAUUCGAUUCAAAUAAUCAAAAGUUCAGUGUUCUGUCGAUCAAAAUAUUUUAAGUGUUUAAUUUUAAAUAUGUUGUAGAAAUAUCUAUAGACAUCUGUACAUAAUUGUGAAUAAUAUUUAGCUAAAAUUUCGAAAUAUAAAUGCUGUUGUCAAGUAAACAACUGUAAUGUAAGUUAAAGUACGAGGCUAUUUUGUUAAUGACAUCAUUACUGAUAUAGAGAGUUAGAUAUAAAGUUGCAUUUUUCAUCUAUCAGAUACCUAAGAAGAUUUCGACUGUUUAAUUCCCGAAAACUUCGAUCAUAAGAUGAAGUCUGUAGCUGUGAUCGGAGCCGGGGUGAGCGGAUUGACGUCCAUAAAAUCGUGUUUAGAAGAAGGAUUAGAUGUAACCUGUUACGAAAAAUCAGAAAAUUAUGGUGGAUUAUGGCGCUAUAGAGACGAAGGAGUAUCGGUGGCAAAAAACACUGUUAUGAACACUAGCAAAGAUAUUGGUGCAUUCAGCGAUUUCCCUCCUCCUAAAGAGUUUCCUCAAUAUAUGCCUCAUCAGACUAUGAUAAAAUAUUUGGAAAUGUACGCAGAAAAAUUUCAACUAAAUUCGAAAAUUCGUCAUAAUCACGAGGUCUUAGAAAUCAAAAAAGAAGAGGAUUACGAAGAAACAGGAAGAUGGAAAUUGCGAGUAAUGAAUAAAAAUACAAAAGAGAUAUUUGAGAAAUCAUUUGAUGGCGUUAUGAUCUGUACGGGUCAUCACGAUUUUCCUCAUAUUCCACCGUUUCCUGGGUUGGAGAAUUUUAAAGGACGUGUUGUCCAUACAAGAAAUUACAAAUCUGCAGAAGGAUGUGAAGAUAAACCAGUUCUUAUUAUAGGUAUAGGCAACAGCGGAGCAGAUGCUGCGGUUGAUAUGAGUGAGACGGCGAAAAUCUUUUGAAAUUCUGGGAUGCAAUGCAUUAUUUUAACAAGUCAUCGGGAGAAUAAUUGAUUUCAGGAAUAAUUCUUACAAUAA